CUUUCGCGGUAAUUUAUGUUUAGAAGGAAUAAAAGUUGCGCUACAAGAUGGGGAAGUUCAUUGAUGUUAGAGAAUAGGCCUAAUAGUAGUGCAAUAAUGUCAUAUAAUGAAAUACUGUGUACAACCUGUGACUUGCAGUUACAGUGUACGAGUACGUUGGUGUGUUGAGCAAUGCUCUCGGUGCUGUUCAAGAGGAACCGAACAAGAGCCAAAGCUGUAUACGGGUGUUAUAGAAGAUGUCAUCAACAAUGUAAGGGAAGCCUUUCUUGAUGAGGGUGUAGAUGAACAAAUACUUGUAGAGUUGAAACAGACAUGGGAGAAGAAAUUGGCUGAGUCUAAAGCUAUGGAGCACAAAAAACCAGAAACUGUUAGAGCAUCUACUUUUCAACAUCAGUUAGCUAGUCAGUCAGCUUCUCACACAAUGGUUGCUCAGGUUCCAUCCUCAGCAAUAGCUCAUCAACUAACCUUGCCACCAGGAAGUCUGGUACAACCCAUUAUUCGUUAUUCCACCACCAGUGGCUCUGGAGUGGAGACAGUAACUCUUACAAUGCCACAGAAAGUGACUCUUGCUGUACCUGGACAAAAUUCCCAGCAUGGUGUACAGACUGUAAUGUCUGCUCCAGCUGCAAGUGCUGCUCUUGCUCUGAGUCCCCAUGUGGCAGCAACCUUACUUCAGCAGGCAGCUCUAAGACAAGCUGGUGUCUUAAGUACCCCACAAACCCAGACUGGUACCAGUCAACAAGGGGCAGAUAUCCAGUUUCAAACUCUCUCUACAUCUACAUUGGAUAAACAAGCUCAGUACACUGUGAAUGUAUCUCAUGCACCCAGUACUACUAUUUUGAAUCCUGACAGGAUACCACAAGUGGAUGGAGUGCAUGAUACUAGUGAUGAAGAAGAAGAAGAAGAUGACUUUCAGGACAAUGAUAAUGAUGAGAGGGAUGAUAAUGAAGAGGAACGAAAUGAGAAUGAUAAUGAGUGUGCAGCUGAAGAAGAAGACGUAAGUUUGAUAAUUCCAUAGUGUUAGGUUAAAUAUAAGGAGAAUUGUUGCUGUUUAUUACUGUUGUCAUAGGGUACUAAAAUAUAAAGAGAAUUGUUGCUGUUUAUUAAUAUGGUCAUAGGGUAGUAAA